GCUCCCAGCCAAUUGAUCGUCGGAGGGUAUUCUCAGGGUGCAGCUAGCGCACUGCAGAGCGUUUUGGAAUACCCAGAACGCCUGGCGGGCUGCAUCGCACUUUCAGGUUGGGUGCUGCCACGUGCACACGAUGCCCUUCGCGUGGGCGCUGUAAAUUGCGGUGCUCGGUAUUACUUGUAUCAUGGCAGACGAGAUGUUCAGGUCAGCCUGAAUUGCAGCAAGCACGCCAGACAGCUUCUGUCCGAGGCAGGUGCCCAAGUGGACUUUGUGGCGGGCUCCGCUGGGCAUGCGCCAA